ACACCCAUUUCUUUAUUCAAGAUACUCUCUCUCUCUAGGGAUGGCUCGUUAUUACCGCAACAAUUUCUCUUACUUAUUAGAUCACUUCUCUUUCCCUCUCCACCUGUGCUUCUUCGUCCUCGUCCUCUUCCUCGUACUGGGUUUCUCGUGGUACGUCAACUAUGAGUACAUGGUCGAGGACUUGGUCACUCAGGUGAAGCUAUUCCUCAUGCUUUGCCCUCUCGUCCUCCUCCUGGUCGUCCACUUCUUAUCGGCCGAAGACUGGCGCCGGGUCCCGCUGAUAGUUUCUCUGCCGGAGAAGGAGUCAUUUCACCGGGCCGGGGGAUCGCCGUGGGGUGUCGCUCUCCUCCUCGUGUUUCUCCUCUUCAUGAUCUCACGUCAGUCUUCUUUCCACGAGCGAUGGUUUCCCUUGGUGACUAGACGAUCAUGAGGCAUAAAUUAGAUGUGUUACAUUGUUAGCUACCUGAAGAAGUUGAUGGAACUGAUCAGAUUUGAUGUAUGUAUACUAUGCAUAUAUGUAUAAAUUGAACUCCGAUCUUUCCACUGUUUUUGUUCAAGAUGAUAUUGAGUCGCUUUACUAAAUCAGAUUUAUUGUGCUCAUAACAGGGACUACUUGGUCCUGAAAUCAUAUAUUUCAACUUUUCAUCUCUAAUUUUAGAUGGAUCUUGAUGAAUACAAAUGACCUUGAAAGUUAAAAACUUCGUUGAUCAAGAAGCAAAAUUUC